AGGGAAGGUUGGAGCCCAUGUUGAUGAGUUGAUGUGAAGUGUGCUGAAGGCAGCGAGAAUGAAGAGCGGCGAGCUUGUCGUCACCCGCUGUGGCGGUGCGGGCGGUGGCGGUUGCUCCACCAACAACGAUAACAAUCCUACAGUGGACACCACUCUCGACAGCAUUGGCUAACAACGUACAACAAACCGUCGCCAUGAUUCUCGACGAAAACCCCGCCGGGCUCAUCAACCACACCAUCGGCAACUUCAACAUCCAACCCGAUAAACAGGCCGUCACCCGCAUCAAUGACUCGCUCGCGGCUUUGCAGCAAUCGCGUGAACUGCGCAUGCGCGAGGCCGAAUCCGCUCUGCGCAAGCUGUCGCGUCAUCUGUCGGCGCUGAAUGCCCAGCACGAGGAGGCUGUCUCGGCGCACGACUCGGGCAAGCACGCGGCCGAGAUUGUCGAGCUGGACACGAAGAAGUUCCGGAUUGCCAAGGCGGCCACCGAACUGGAGAUUGAGAGCGAACGACUGGAGGGCGAGCUGGAGAUGCUCAAGGAGCGGUUGGCGGAUCUGGAAGCGCAGGGGUUGGAGGGCGACGAGCCAACGCGCCGGGAGCGCGAGCUGGACGAUGCCACGCUGCUACGAUUAAAAAUCUACCGAUCGCUCGGAGUGGACAUUGAGGCGGACGAGGCGGGCAACUUCAACAAAGCGGUGAUUCGCAAUAGUCGCAAGGGCGAUGUGCAUGUCGUGAACAUCGACCCGAAGUUCUCGCGGUUUUUCUACUCCAACUACUUUUGGACUACCAUGCAGGGAUAGGUUUUGGAUUGGCGUUACGGGAUACCCAGGAUAAUACAUUUUUCAGUCU